UAUGUAUAAUAUAACAACAUAAUUCUGUGUCUUAAUAUAGUUUUACUAUGCCUACCUAAUGCUUUUAAUUAAUUUUUUUUUAAAUAAUUUAUCAUUUUAACAGACAAAUCUAACAGUUGUUUUGUAAUAAUAAACAAGUUGAUAGAAAAUGAACAAUAAAUCAUACUCAAUAUUACCUACAGAUAUGUUCAAUAAUUCUAAAGAUGACGGAACAGUACUAGAACAUUUUUUUUGCCCGGUAUGCAAUGUACAUAUGAAUAGAAUAAAAAGAUUUCAACCACUUGAUAUUCACCAACAACAUAAAUCAUUGUCAUCAGAUGGAAUUAAAGAACUGUGGAAACCUAUGGAUCAAUUACAAACUCUUCAUACCAACUUACAUCAAAUAAAGAAUCAUAGUUCAGAAGUACUGCUAAAAUUAAAUCCCUAUCUAAUUUUGGAUACUGAUCCUACAUUGGACAACUUAAAUUACUCAAAUACACUAUCCAGAUCUCCUCAGUCAUUAGUUAAUAAUCUGCCAAAUGAAGGAUCUGUACCAGAAAACUGUUUUUGUCCUGCAUGUAAUGUACACAUGAAUAGAAUAAAAAUAUCACAACCACUUGAUACACACCACCAACAACAUGAUGUAUUUUCAUCAGAUGAGAUUAGAGAACAGUAUUAUCCUACAGAUCGUUUACAAACUUUCCGUACCAACUUACAUCAAACAAUGGAUCAAAAUUCAGAAAGACUACUAAAAUUAAGUCCUUAUCCAAUUUUGGAUACUGAUCCUACAUUGGAUAAUUUUAACGACUCAAAUGCAUUAUCACGAUCUCAUAAUUCAUUAGGAAACAAAAAGAAAGAUUGUACAGCAAAAUCUAUGUUUGAAAUAGAACAAAAAGAUAGAUGCAAUGAUGAUUUUCAGUAUCAUUGUAAUUCAAAGCAAUGCGAAGAAAAUGCAAACUGUCAUCAUCGAAAACACCAAGAAGACUUCAAAAUUGAUCAAUUAAAUUAUACGCCACCUAAAAACGAUAAUAUGCACAUAGUACAAUCUCCUGUUAAUCGCCAGCUUAAGGUAUUACCAACAGUUCCUACAAAGCACCAUAUUUCUACAAAUUGUACAAAAAAUAUAGGAUGCUCAUCUUUAACCAUAAAUUGUCAUUUGAACAAUUCAAAUCCAAAGAAUAAAGAUCUCAUAAACAUUCCAAUUCAGAAAACGUUUGUCAACCAUGUACUGCAGUUAGCUACACUUAUGCCUGAUGAAUCAAAAGAAACAUUUAAGUCAAUGAAAAACAUUAAAGUUACUCCUAAGGUGAAUGAACCAUUAAUGAUUACUAAAGAAGACAAACAAAUUCUCAAACAAACAAACUCAACACCAGGAUUAAUACUUAAUAGUGAAAAAUCAAAAUCAAAAUCAAAAUCAUCUUAUAAAAAUAACAAAAUAUUAACACCUAAAACUAAAAGGACUGGUAAUAUAAAUAACACAUCUAUGUUUCCUGCUAACUCAUUAAAAACACUCGUAAACUUACCAUCUGAAAAUGCUCGAAAAAGAUUAGAAACUCCAAAAGUGCAAACCCUUAACAAGGGUAUAGAACAAAAUUGUAUGACUGAUGAACCAAAUAAAUUAGCUUUUGAACAUUUAUUUUUAGAACUUACAGGUGCUCAAAAACAAAAAGAUAAUGUUGAAUAUCAUUCAGCCUUAAGACCUAGUUUAUUUUCUAAUAUGCCACCAUACAUAAGAUUUUCUUCACACGAUAUUAAAGGUGAAUCAUUUCCAUUAUCUUUGCAAAAGUUAUUAAAAUGGAAACUAAGUUCUAUAACUCCAAUUGUUGUACGUCGAACUAUCCAAAAUAGUGGUUUUAAACUUGUCAGAAGUGAGCAUAGUUUAGAUACUGUAACUGAUCCUUCUAUCAUGACUAAUCAAUCAAAUCCAAAUGCCAUUUCCUUACAAAAUCACUGUGGUGUUACACCUCCUAUUGUUGAUGCUUUCUGUGGUGUAGUUCCUCCACCUAAUGAAUUAAUGAUGUUACCUCGAUCUGAAUCUAAUGAUUGGGUUGGAACUUGGGGUAAACACAUGAAAUCAUUAUGUUUCAAGACACUUUGGCAACAACAAAAACUUAACCAUUUUCCGGGUACUUUUCAAAUUGGUCGCAAAGAUAGGUUGUGGAAAAAUUUGCAUAGAUUAAUGAUAAAAUAUGGCAAUGAACAUUUUGGUUUUAUACCCACAUCAUACAUAUUACCUCAAGAAGUUAGCAUUUUAAGACAAGUUUGGGAGAAAAAUGAUGAAGAUAAAUGGAUUGUUAAACCACCAGCGUCUGCUAGAGGAACUGGAAUUUAUGUUAUAUCAAAAUGGGAUCAAAUACCAAAGAAAAUACCUUUGGUUGUUCAAAGAUACAUAGAUAAUCCAUAUUUAAUCAAUGAUACCAAAUUUGAUUUAAGACUUUACAUACUCAUCACUUCAAUCAAUCCACUUCGUAUAUAUCUCUAUGAUAAUGGUCUUGUACGAUUUGCUUCAGUUAAGUAUUCAUCUGAUCUUAACACUAUAUGUGAUCGAUACAUGCAUUUGACCAACUACAGUAUUAACAGACUUAGUAGUCAGUAUACCGAAAAUGAAGAUGCGGAUGCAUGUCAAGGCCAUAAAUGGACAUUACGUUCAUUAUGGACAUAUCUGGAGAAAGAACGCAAGGUUGACGUAAAAAAAUUGUGGACGAGCUUAGAAGAUCUAGUUGUAAAAACUGUCAUUAGUGGCGAAUCACCUAUGAGUCAAAUGUGUAGUUCAAAUCUGAGUAAUAGAUAUAACGCAUACGAGUUAUUUGGAAUAGAUGUCUUGUUCGAUGAAUAUCUUAAACCUUGGAUAUUAGAGGUCAAUAUAUCUCCUUCAUUACAUUCAUCUUCUCCGCUUGACUUGGCUGUCAAAGGACCAUUAGUUAAAGACCUAAUGAAUAUGGUUGGUUAUCAUAUCCCAAACAAAAUGUCUCGUAGUACACAUAAUAAUUUACUCGAGAUGUUAGGAGUCAAAUCACCACUAUGUUAUGAUAAAAGAUUAUAUACAUUUAAUUUAUCUGAUAGAGAAAAAGAAAAACAAGAAUAUUUUGCAAAUGUUGAAUCCAGAAUAGAAUAUAUUGAUAGCAUAUUAGAAGAUCUUUUACCAGAUGAUAUUCGCCAUCUAAUUAUUUAUGAAGAUGAACUUACACAAAUCGGCUCAUUUAAAAAAGUAUUUCCAACCACUAAAUCUUUUGAAUAUCAUCAAUACUUUGAUGGCUCCAGAUAUUACAAUAUGCUAUUUGAUGCAUGGGAAUGUAAAUAUGGUAAUAACAGAGAAGAAGGCAUUGCUGUGCUAGAAAAGUUAUGUCAGUUAAAAAUUCACUUGGAAGUGUCAGACUUUGAUGAAGAACAAUCAAAAGUAACAUAUUCAGUUUUUAAGAUAUAAGUGAUAUAACUAUGAUUAACAUAAUUUAUAUGAGAGAAAUGUACUAAACAUUUGUAUGAGUCAUGUAAAUUAUUUUAAAAAUAAAUAUUUCUAAUGUUUUUAAUUUAACAAAAAUAAUAAUUUAUCAGUUGACUUGCCUACAAACAAAAGAUGUAACAAGUCUUCAUAAUUAUUGUACUAAUUGUGUGUUAGCUUAUAGAAUAAAUAAAAAUAUGUACGUAUUUCCAGAACCUAACUAUAUGUAUAAUGAUAAAGUGAAAUUCUUGUAUUUUGUCUUUUUUUAUUUUUAUUAAGGGUAAACCGCAGAAACAUAGGUCGCUGAGUGUGGGUAGUUGAAUAUUUUUUUGUAUCUUUUUAGUAGGUUUUUGAGUUGAGGGUUUUUUGAGUUGUAACAUGUGGUAUUGUGUAUGUGUUAUGUGUACCAUGUUUUGUCGCUAAAAACCUGAGUAGUCACCCAUCCAGAAGCUAGUGAUGCCGGGUGCCUUCAGCAAUAUUACGUGAUUGCGGUCAGCCACUGAGCACCAAGGCACUUUGUGUGUUUUGUGGUAAAUAUCAUUUAAUAAAAUAUAGGCACUAAAUACUUAUUUUAUAUCUUACCUACACUAUUAUAUUGGUUUUAACCUAACUUCUAUUUUAAAUUGACUUAGUAAUGCUUUAAUUGUGAAGCCAUUUAUAGGCCCUAAGUAUUUCAAAAUACAUGAAUAAUAGGUAAUUAAGAUUUAUAUUUUAUUUAGUAGGUUUUGUAAUAAAACUGGUUUCAAUCUAACAUGGGUACUUAAAUUUAAUAAAAAAAACAAAUAGGUACCUAUAAUGUUCUGAUUUGAAUU